AUGGUGCCUAUGGGUGACUUUUGGGUCAAAGCAAUACUAUCGUCGACGAACCCGAGUCCCGUUCCAUCGACGACUUCUACAAUAUCUAACGAUGAGAACUUGGAUAAGGGAUUCGAAUAUGAUUGUUCAACACAAACCAACUUCUCAACAAUGCCAAUGUUCUGGAAUCCCAGUUUGGUUCAACAGAUGCUAGCUCUCUACCAGAUUCAGCAGCAACAGCUUCAAUUCAGUUCGAAGUUCACUCCACAAACGUUGUUCCCGGAGAACAUUGAUCUCAAGGAUCCAUCACUCGUAACUCCAUCCCGAAAACGUCAAUUGGCUUCUGAACCAAAGAAAACCAAACUCCGAAAGCUCCACGAAGAUACUGUAACCAGUUCUCCCGUCAGUGGAAUGUUCAUUAAGAAGGAGACUGAUGUGAAAUGUGUGGAGGAACUCCAAAAGGAAGCGGAUAUGUUGGAUGAGACAGCAGCAUAUGUUGAGGUGACAGAAGAGUCGAGACAAAAGAUCGAUGAGAUUCCGAACGUCAUUGGAGACUGUAUCUGCCGGCUGUGCAAGGUGAAAUACGAUGAUGUCUUCAAGCUGGCACAACACAAAUGUCCAAGAAUUGCGCACGAGGAAUACAAAUGUCCCGAUUGUGACAAGGUGUUCUCGUGUCCGGCCAAUUUGGCAUCACAUCGUCGUUGGCAUAAGCCUCGUAAUGAGUUCGGAGCCUCCUCUCCACCAACACAAUCCGUUGUCUCCUGUCCCACCUGCUUCAACUCGUUUCCCUCGAAGAAGAUGCUCAAAUUGCACUCAACAACGUGUCAACGAUCACCUCUUCAAGAUCUUCUCUCAAGAGUCAUCCCUACAAUGUAA